GGCGGGCUCAAUCCAGAGACUGUCCAAAAAGGGGAAAAAAAGCCUAUUCACAACCUCAAGUUCUUGCUAUUUAUCUCCUGAUUUGGAAGCUGGACCGUCUCCUUUGGCUACGAUGAAGCGACCUUGCGAGGACACUACCUCAGAUAGUGAUAUGGACGAGACUAUAGACGUAGGGAGCGAAAAUAAUUAUUCUGGGCCCAGUGCCAGUUCUGUGAUCCGGUCAAAUUCUCCUACUACUACAUCUCAGAUUAUGGCCAGGAAAAAAAGAAGAGGGAUUAUAGAGAAAAGGCGCCGUGAUCGUAUAAAUAACAGCUUAUCCGAACUGAGGCGACUUGUACCGACUGCCUUUGAAAAACAAGGAUCUGCCAAAUUGGAAAAAGCAGAAAUCCUGCAAAUGACAGUGGAUCAUUUGAAGAUGCUCCAGGCGACUGGCGGGAAAGGUUAUUUUGACGCUCAUGCUCUGGCCAUGGACUUCAUUAGCAUUGGGUUUCGAGAAUGUUUAACCGAAGUUGCAAGAUACCUGAGCUCUGUGGAAGGUCUGGACACGGCGGACCCUCUACGGGUUAGACUCGUCUCCCAUCUCAGCUCGUGUGCUUCUCAGAGGGAAGCGGCUGCAAUGACCUCCUCCAUGGCACAUCAUCACCAUGCUCUGCACCCUCACCAUUGGGCGGCUGCUUUCCAUCAUCUCCCCACAGCUUUAUUGCAGCAGAAUGGAUUACAUCCCUCUGACAUCUCCCCCUGCAGACUCUCCACAGCCUCCGAAGUGCCUUCCCAUGGCUCGGCUCUUCUCACCGCCACUUUCGCUCAUGCUGAUUCCACCCUUAGAGUGCCCUCGGUGGGCAGCAUCGCUCCUUGCGUCCCACCACUUUCUACCUCUCUCCUCUCACUUUCCGCCACUGUGCAUGCCGCAGCGGCGGCGGCAGCCCAGAGCUUCCCUCUAUCUUUUGCUGGAGCGUUCCCGAUGCUUCCCCCUAGUGCAGCAGCAGCAGCAGUGGCAGCUGCAACAGCAAUUAGUCCCCCUUUGUCUGUUUCGGCAGCUGCUAACUCUCAGCAACCCAGCGGUAAUGGAAACACGAAACCCUACCGGCCUUGGGGUACUGAAGUUGGAGCUUUCUAGCCUUUCCCUUCCCAAGACAUUUCUGCAGGUAGAACUGAAAGUUCUUGUGCACAGCAUAGGUGGUUAACAGCUCAAGGAGCCGGAUGGAUUCUCAAGACACAGAAGGGGAAGAGCAAGCAAAUCUGCCAUAAGAUUGGUCAGAAGGGAGGUGUGUUUUUCUACUUUGUUUGAAUCAGACCUCAUCCUGGAUGACGGUGGUCUUCAAAUGAUGUCCUGUGUGGCCAUUAAUCCUCUUGCUGUGCAUUUUUGUUUGCCAGGGAGGUGAUGGAUUAUAGCUCAGAAGGUCUUCCUGAAAGACAAACCCUGUCCAAAAUGCUUAAGUGCCUGUCCUCUUCUGAAUAGGCUGUGUAUUUAUAUGUGUCUCUUUGCAUCUUUUCUAAGCAAAACCACCAUGCAAGCAUGAAAAUGAUGCUGGAGGGAAAGAAUAGAGAUUUGGAAUCACAUAAUGGGAUCCAGAAUAGGGAUAAAAUUUCUGAAUAAACUGCACACAGUAAGGUGGUAGUGCUCUAGCAUCAGUGGGGCCCCACCAAACUCUGUGCAGGGUUGAAUUUUAAGAAUGAAAGGUUGCUGAGGUUGUAUAUACUUAAUCUCAUCUCAUUUACUUUCACUGUGCAGAUCUAUCAAAUGUUUGUAAUGUAAUCUUGAUAAAAGUGCUAAACUUUCAGUGUGGUUUAAGAAAUUAGAAGCCUCCUGGCACUUUCUGUAAAACUGUUGGUGUCAAAUUAUACUCAAGUGAGCAUAAGUUGACCAUCAAUUUUAUACCAACACAUUUUGUUAAAGUUACAGCUGAUUUGUCUGAUUCAUCUUUGCAAGCUAGAAAACAGCUUCCUUCAGACAAGAUGAAGUCCUUUUUUUUUGGUCACAGAAAGAGGUAUGAUUAAAUAGCUAUAAUACUUUACCCUUCAGUCAUACUUACCUGAAAAAAUAGGGCAAUUGUAGUCCAAGAGAUCUGCAGGGAACCAGAUUGCAACAGGCUGAGCUGUAAUAUCAGCAACAGGAACCUUUGGGUUGGUUUUUGUCACUGCCCUUUGUUUUUCUUUUUCUUUUUUUCUUUUUUGUACGGGUUCACUUCCCAACCCAGAGGAUAUAAGUUAUGUUUUUUUAACUACCCAUACAAGCAGUACUAUAAAAAUGUUUUGCUUUGUUGUUGUUAUUAUUAUUACAGCAACAUGAAAUAACAUAAGUAUUUUAAUUCAUUGACUCAAGAGCUAGAGUUAAUGUUGGGGGAGGGCAAGUUAAAAGCACAGCAUGUAUUAUGCACUUCAUUUCUCUGCUGUGUGGAGAAAGCAAUAAACAUUGAGAAUGUUAAACAUUAUACAAAUGUACUUUAAAAAUAUUUGUUUUAAAAAUACUGUUCCUAGUUGGGAGGAGGGGCAAAUUGUUCAUUAUUUUGUUAACCCUUUUUUCUAUGCAAAAGUUUUUAUGUAUCACUAAUUAAAUGAAGUCCUUUUUUGACUGA